GCGAUAUUUGAUUGGUGAAUGUCUUGUUCGCUAGCAAGUCGGUCACUCAUACAUGAUGUUAAUUUGUAGCCAAAAUUAAAACUUCUAGUCACGUAUAGCCCAUUUUUUAGGCAAUAAUUAGCACAGCGGCAUGUGCAAGUGCGCCUGCAAAAGACAGGUAAAAAAAUAUUUCAACUCGUUGAGCGAUCUUACUCCUAUGCUAAGAGAGUCACCGAGUGGAACAAGUAGCCGAGAGUUUCCCCUCUGCUAUUUGUAGAUCCUGGUCGUCAAUUGACUCCGGACCGGAUAUGUCUUACUGGAUUUUGAGGCUAAAGCUCAAAGGAGCUCUAUGCUCAACCCUUGAUCUCAAACUGAAUGGGUCUUUGUGAGUGUUGAGAUUAGAACUUAAAGCGGUCUAGGAUAUAUAUCCUCUUGAAUUAUUAAAGGCGAGAUGUACUCUUUGGUAGAAGGACAACAUGUUAAGAUGCCAGAGAUUACCAAGAGAUUGUUCCUUUUCUUUUCUUUUUUGUCGCGUUCUUUUAUUUGGCCAUUUUCUUGACUUGACUUGUUUAGGUGGCUUGACCAACGACACUUUGAUCGGUUAAAUACUUUUGUUGAUUUGAUUUUUGGUCACGUAAGAUUUAUAGCAUAUCCAUAAACAACUUGUAGACAUAUAUGCGUCAUUUUCUGCCUAUGGUCCAACGGCGCGCGGUGGUCCAGCUGCGGGCGCAGCAACACGCGACACAGUGACCUGUUACGCGGUGUAUCCAUUUCACGCCUCGCGAUACCUUACAAUAUUGCAGGGAAGUACAGAUCUCUCACGUGACAUUUCCGCAUACUUUGGCAAUUUUGCUUGCCCAACACGGUAGAGUCAAGAAAAGGGUCCACAUUUUCGGAUAAUUUUAUCCAUAGGGCCAACCGAACCAUGCUCAAGAUAACAUUUCCUUUGAGAAAGAUAACCAUACGGUCAACAGACACGAAAUCUGCCGAUGCAGUCCCUGAUGCAACAUCCCCUUAUAUACACGUGUGAUCGAUGGGCCUAUCAGGCAAAAAUCUCUAUCGAACAGCGAAGUGCCAAACUCUGUUCUCACAGCUUCCUUCCAUCUGGCCAUACACACCACUCUUAAUAACACAAGCUCCAUGGCCGCUGCCACAACCCAGCCUCGUGUCAUGGUGCUGCCAUUCCCAGCACAGGGCCAUGUCAUCCCGCUGAUGAAGCUCUCCCAGAAGCUCGUCGAGCACGGCCUGGAGGUUGACUUCGUGAACACGGAGUUCAACCACGGCCGCGUCCUGGAGGCCUUGGCGGAGGAGGAAGGAGCAGAAGCAAUUCCCCGUGGAAUCCACAUGUUAUCGGUUCCAGACGGCCUGGGCCCUGCCGACGACCGCGCGGACAUCGGCAAGUUCGUCAAGGACCUGCCGGCCGCCAUGUCCGCCCCCCUCCAGGAGCUGAUCAGGUCAAGGGAGACCAAGUGGGUGAUCGCGGACGUGUCCAUGAGCUGGGCGCUGGAGCUGGCCAGCGCGGCGGGCGCCUGUGUUGCGUCCUUCUCGACUUACUCUGCCGCCGUCUUCGCGCUCCGGUUGAGCGUCCCAAAGCUGAUAGCGGAUGGCGUCAUUGAUGGAAGUGGGAUUGUGAAGAGGCACAGGAUCCAGCAGGUGCCGCCCCUGGACGCGGCGGAGAUCCCCUGGGUCAGCCUGGGCAGCACCCCGGAACGGCGCAGGAUCAACGUCCAGAACGUGCUCCGGACCAACCAAUGGAUACCACUCGCCGAGACGGUCAUCUGCAACACCUCCAUGGAGAUGGAGCCCGACGCGCUGUCUCUUCUCCCCAACACGCUGCCGCUGGGCCCGCUGGUAGCACGGAAGUCGAGGCUGGCCGGGAGCUUCCUGCCGGAAGACGAGACGUGCCUCGCCUGGCUGGACGCGCAGGCGCCCGGCUCCGUCGUCUACGUGGCCUUCGGGAGCACGGGCGUCCUGGGCGCGGCGCAGCUCCAGGAGCUCGCCGACGGGCUCGCGAUCGCCGGCCGGCCGUUCCUGUGGGUGGUCCGGCGGCCCGCCGGAGCCGGAGAAGAAGAUGAAGAAUGGCUCGACGCGUUCAGGCGCCGCGCUGAUGGCGCCUUGGGGAUGGUGGUCGGCUGGGCUCCCCAGCAGCGCGUGCUCGCGCACCCGGCGGUCGCCUGCUUCGUGUCGCACUGCGGGUGGAACUCCACCGUGGAAGGCGUGCUCCAUGGGGUGCCGUUGCUGUGCUGGCCGUAUUUUGCCGACCAGUUCUGCAACCAGAGCUACGUCUGCAACGUGUGGGGGACGGGCGUCAAGUUGUGCCGGGAUGAGGGGCGAGGGGUCGUGGCCAAGGAGGAGAUCCGGCACAAGGUGGCGCGGCUGCUCGGAGACGGGGUGGUCAAGGCGAGGGCGGCGAUGUGGAAGAAGGCGGCGUCUGAUAGUAUCCGGGAGGGAGGGUCCUCGCACGGGAACUUGCUCAAGCUUGUGGAAUUAUUAAGAGAGCAGUGAUGUUUUGUUUUGCUAUAUUUCUAGUGCGACCCAGAAAAAGAAAAUUCUAAGUCGACAUUAUAAUAAUCAUGUGAUCCAGAUCGUAUAAUAUAUGAGGAGACAUUGGAGUUUAGAAGUCA